UGGAGAGGGAACGGCUACGCUCGUACGCUCGUGCUCGUUCCCGUAACCUCAAAAAUUCAUGUGCCUUGUGUGUUAGGUUAUGCGUGUUUUGUUUUGAUCAAGUUUUCCGAAGAAAAUGCCCAAAAAAUGGGAAACUCUGGGAGUGAAUCUGCACCAGGAAGUGAGAAAAGCCAUCGAGAGCCUAGAUUUUCCUUUCAUGACCCCUGUACAAGCCGCUACAAUACCGCAAUUGUUAGGGAAAAAAGAUGUGGCAGCUGAAGCAGUAACUGGCUCUGGCAAAACCCUGGCCUUCCUAAUACCAAUUCUCGAUUUCCUGAAAAGGAGAGAGUCAGAAGAAAAAUGGCAAAAGCACGAUGUAGGUGCAAUAGUGAUAUCUCCAACUAGAGAACUGGCAUUGCAAACUAAGGAGGUAUUGGACCAACUUUUGAAAUCUGUGAAUAAUUUAACUCAAAUUUUGCUUGUUGGAGGAAACAGUGUCGAUGAUGAUGUUAAAAGCUUUAGAGAAAAAGGUGGAAAUAUAAUCAUAUGUACUCCAGGACGUUUAGAGGACCUAUUAACCAGAAAACAGGAUAUUAAUUUGCCAAAUGCUGUAAAAAAGCUGGAAGUAUUGAUUUUGGAUGAAGCUGAUAGACUAUUAGAUUUGGGCUUUCAGAAGACUUUAGAUACAAUUUUAAGUUAUUUGCCACGGCAGAGAAGGACUGGACUGUUUUCUGCUACUCAAACAAAAGAAGUUCAAGAUUUAAUAAGAGCCGGUCUCAGAAAUCCAGUAUUAGUCAGUGUAUCAGCUAAAGCAAAACAAAGCACCCCAGAUAUGCUUCAAAAUUACUAUAUUUUAGCCAAAAAUGAUGGUAAACUGUCCACUCUUCUCUCGUUCCUACAACAAAAACAAAUACAGAAGUCCAUGCUCUUUCUGCCAACAUGCGCCUGUGUGGAUUAUUGGUCAAAAAUAUUCACACAAAUAAUACCUAAAGACUUGGAACUUCCAGUAUUGGCAAUUCACGGGAAAAUGAAAAAUAAACGCCAAAGGGUUUUGGAUAAAUUUAGAGAUAGCGAAAAGGCUUUGUUAUUGUGUACAGAUGUUAUGGCUAGAGGAAUUGACAUACCAGAGGUAGAUUGGGUUCUACAAUGGGAUCCGCCAGCAAAUGCUUCAGCAUUUGUCCAUAGAGUUGGCAGAACGGCAAGACAAGGCCAACAAGGAAGUGCUCUGAUUGUUUUAUUGGAAAACGAAGAAGCCUAUGUGAAUUUUAUUGAGACGAAUCAACGAGUGAAGCUCAACAAAUUGGACGAUAUGGCUGGAGAAGGGCACUUUCAGAUUGAUACUUUGAGAGAAAAAAUAAGAAGUUUAUUGAAAAAAGACCGAUUAUUGUUGGAGACUGCUACAAAAGCUUAUGUGUCACAUAUAAGGGCUUAUUCGAAGCAUGAGUGUUCACUUUUAUUAAGAGUUCAGGAGUUGCCCUUGGGUGCCUUAGGAGCAACAUAUGGCCUUUUACAGCUUCCCAAAAUGCCAGAAUUAAAAAAUAGAGACAUUUCAGAUUUUCCUAUUGUCGAUAAUUUAAAUAUGGAUAUUAUACCUUAUAAGGACAAAAUAAGAGAAGCUAUUAGAAAAAAAAAGUUGGAAGAAUAUAAAAAUACUGGCAUUUGGCCUAAUAAAAAGACAAAGCAUAUUAAAAAAUCUACGGAGGCAUGGUCGAUAACCAAACAAAAGAAAGAUGAAAGAAAAGAAAAAAGGACUAAAAGGAAACAGGCGAAAUUGGCUGCGAAAACUGAAGGAAAAACUAAAAAACGAAAAGGAGGUGUUACUGAAGAGGAUAUAGAAGAAUUGAAAAGAGACAUGGCAUUACUGAAGAAAUUCAAAAAGAAAAAAAUAUCUGAUGAAGAAUAUGAUAAGCAAAUGGGAUUAGCAUAGGAUGUAAAUAAAAAAUAUUUUAUUAUUAGAUAAUAAAUUGGUUUUUCUCUUUUUACCUACC